CACUCAUCCAUUCCAUCUGUCUGUUUUAUUCCACAGAACUUACUCCCUGUGUGUUCUUAUGCUUGUAAUAAAUGAAGUGUCGUCACAGAGCGUCACAGUCGAAGCUGCUCAAGGAGACGCUGUGAUCUUACCGUGUUCAUCCAGUCAUUAUGAAAAUGACGUGUUCUGGCGAUACAGAGACACCAAGACUGUGUAUGACAUCAUUGAGGGUAAAGAGAAUUUUCAUGACCAGGAUGGAGAGUACAGGGGCCGAGUCAAAGGUUUUCCAUCAGAGUUCACAAAUUGGAAUUACUCCAUCAGACUGAGUGACGUGAAACUCAGUGAUACAGGAACUUACAGCUGCACCAUCCCUGACUCCAGAACUGUCCAUGUAGAACUCAAGGUCAAAGAUGAGAGUGACAUAAGCCAGAAGACAUCUCCAGAUAACAGCGGCAUCAUGGGAAAAGCGGGCAGUUCAUCUUUAGUCAUUUUAGUUCUGCUGUGUAGCUUCGCUUUCUGAAGAAAGAAUUAAAGCUUUAAAAUCUUUUCGUCAGUACAUCUUUGUUAUUCAUUUUAUUAUUAAUCACCUUGCAGUAUAUACACAAACUAUCCAAACUUCUUCGUAUGACAGAUGAAAGAUUAGACUAAAUUUAGACUAUUAGUUGGAUACCCAAAAAACAUAAUCCAGUCCAGAAUUAUUGGGUCCCUGAAUAAAAAGUAUUUUUUAAUUAAUUAAUUUAUUAAUAUUUGGGUUGAAUAUAAAUGAUGUUUGCAGAACAGUUGUAUAAAAGGGAUAUCACUCGAGAAGGAGUGCAGUACUGCUGGAUAUAGUACAGCUUUGAUGACGAUGUAUGCAUGUAUCAUGUGUGAUAUCGCUUUCAUACAACAGUAAUU